CCCCAUCCACCACAGCAAAUCCCUCCUCCCGUCCCGCCGUCUGCAGCUUUGAUAUUCAGACAAAAACCAGACGGAGAUACUUCACCUUUAGAUACGAAGAUGAAGUGAUAUGUUCUCACCGUGUGAUUGUCAGAUUUAUUUCCCUGCCCGCCCGCGGCCUCCGACCGUUCAGUUUGAAUUGGGGGUGCGCGCGGGAACGGACUGCUCGAGACCGAGUGUGCGGGAGAUGGGCCGUUCGAGAUAGUGGAGGGAAUUUGGAAAUAAUACCUACUGAAGUGAGGAUCUCACAUCACAAUGUAACAUAUCUGUUAAAAAUGAGGGCCCACGUCGUUGGAGAAAUUGCAUUGUUGUAUUUUCUACCGGAGAUUCACAUAUAUUAAUGCUAUACCGUCACAUCUAAUGAAGCAGAUCCACAUUUCACAAAGAUCAUGUCCUCUUAUGUCUGCUGGAAUGAGGUCUCACAAGUGAAGUUGAUGUACUGUCGUGUCUGCUGGGGGGAAUCCCCACAUGCUUUAUCCUGUUAUAAGUGAGAUUGCAACAUAUUGAAAAUUUGCAUUUGUGUGACAAUUUAGGAAGUUCAUGAAGUGAGCAUGAGUUCUUGUCAUGAGACCCCUCUACAUAGAACAUCAAAAACCUGAGAAAAGACUGGCAGUUCAUUUGUACUGUUUCAUCACAUUCUUUUUGGGAAAACCUUGAUCAACUCACUUUGGUUUAAAUAUUUCUCCAAAUCCAGCUCAAGCUUGGUUGAAAGCAGACAACCGUGGUAAUGGAGCCAGAAUCCAAAAACAAAACUGUGGACGUAACAACUUUAAAAGGAGAGGUGAUCUCUUUUACUGUGUCCAAGGAAAAGCAGCCCAGUGGGAAAAUUGAUGCAGUUUUGCAAUUUAAAAGAAUGAUAUUUGAUUCAGAGACUGGGAAAUUUAUCCAGAAGUUUUUAGGAAAAUUCAACCUCAAUCAAAAAAGUUCUUCCUUGCAAAUUGUUGCCUGUUGUUGUGCUAUUGAUUCAAGAACAGGACAAAAUGUCCCUUGCAUCUUGCUUGAGAUGUAUAUAAAGGCUCAUUCUAAAUUUAGAUAUAGCUUACUGAUGCUGCACAGUUCAAAUCAAGUUGUACGUUGUUUGGAUUUUGAAUUAGAAUAUGAAAUGAACGUAAAUGUAACCCUAUUGACUGGACCUAGUGUUUUGUGGACCUGUGGAGACCAAGUGUAUUAUAUAUCUUAUGAAACUAAUGGAAUUUUUAACAUUCCCAUUUCAUUUACUGCAAUUAAAUUGAUUGGAGAGAUUUCUGAUGGGGAAAUAAUCAUACUAGGUGUAAGAAAAACUGUUGGACCUGUGAAAAGUGAUGAAACCUCUGUUAUUCACGCUGAUAAAUUGAUCUGGGGUUGUGAAUUUGUCACCUAUUCCUUACAAAAGAGGGAAAGCUUCUGUAUCAGCCAUCAUUUCAUCCCACAUGCUUACAGUUCCGUAGUUACAAGCAUACUUAUUUGCCCAAGUGAAGAAAUAGACAAUCAAGUAAAGACUAUCGUUGUAGCAACCACAUGUAAGAAGCAACUGGUAUUGUUUGAAAACUCUGUCCCGAAGAAUGUCUGCCAGCUUCCUUUUGAAGAAGCUUAUCAAAUAAAAGUAGUAACAACAGGCAGAGAGAAUUGCUUCUUCCUCGUGUCUUCUAAGGCUGGAAUGAUCUGUGCUAUCUCAAAGGAAACUUGGCAGGUUGUUGCUGUUUGGCAGGAGGUAUGGUCAGUACAGUUGGAUGACUUCUUAGGCAUAGGAUCAGAACAAAUCUUGUUGCUCCCUUCAGCAACUUGCACUGUUGAAGAUGGCUUCAAAAAUUUUGUAUUAACUGAUCUUGGUGAAUUCCGUCACACUGUUAACUCUGGACAUGCUGAAGAAAAAGAAAUCUUGACUUAUGACAUGGGAGAUGUAAAUUAUUACCACACUAUCCAAGCUCUGGAGGCAAGAUUACAGCUUGGCCUGGCCUCCCUUGAAGAACUGCAACAACUAUUAAGAGCUAAAGAAAGAGUUUUACUUCAGUCCACCAAAGCCCUAACAAGUCUUAUUGAAGGAAAGCGGCCCACCCUGCCCAAAGCUGAGGAGGAAGGUUUGGUUUCUCUUUGGAAUGAAGAGGAGUCGGACCUGCAGCCUCUUGUAGAGGAGGCUGGUCCUACUAGUCAAGUGUUAAACUACCCAGUACAGAAGAUCUGGCAACGUGUAGUGGAUAGUAGGUGGAUUGUAGGGAUACAAUUAUCUGAAUCUGUCAACCUAAAUUUUGACUAUUUGAGUUUGUCACUGGUGAUGGAUCGUGACUUUACUGCUGCUCCAGUGAUUCAAUCUCAAAGUAAAGUACUGAAGGUAAACAAAUCCCAAGUAUCAGCAUCAUUUCUCCAGUAUCCAUCAAAACCUCCAAUGAAGAAGCCAAGACUGGAGGUGCAAAAUGUACGUACUUUGAGUAGCAGCCAUAAGGAAGAUCCAUGUUUUCAGAUUUACAAAGAUCAUGCACAGACCAUCACAGUUGUCACAGACUUGUCACCGCUACUGGUAUACAGUAAUAUUUGUUGCUAUGUAUUACUGCAUGGUACAAUGGAUCCUAUUCAGAAAACUGGAUUCAUGAAAAAAGAGAAGAUUAUAUCAUGUGGCAGAAUAUCUUUAAACCUGGAGGACAUCUGGAAUGAAAAGUAUGCAAUAAACCUGUUGCAGAAUCCUUUACUAUGUACAGAUAAUGCAGUAGAAGAUUUUUAUAGCACUGUGGCCACUUCGCAAAGAUCAUCACUCCGAAUAUUUUCUCCUGAUUAUACUCUGACUCGGGUGAAAGCUUGGCUGUUAGGUUCAAUGCAGUGUGAACCUUUGAAAAUCUGCCCAGAAUAUCUACUGUGUUCUAAAAGUGGAUCUCUACAGGGUAUUCUUCUUAACUGGCAUCCACAAAAUCCUUUCCAAGGAAUUUUAACAGUGUUUUGCAGCUGCUCAAAACACAGUUCCAGGCCAACAUUCAUUCUAAUGCCCUCUUAUGCCAUUCAAAUGAUGAGAGCUGGGAGAACAGUGAAACCUCCAUAGUGUUCCACGGACUUUGAAAGUGGGGUUGGUACACAUUCAGCAGAAGAGUUCAUAAGGCUGGAAAACACAGAAGACAAAACAGGGAAAUGGUGGAACAAUGGACAGUCCGAUGACUAAGAAGAGUUCGUUAUUCAGUUGGAAGACAUUAUUUAACUCAAUGGUGAUCAGUGAUGCUGUUGUUUUCUAAUGGACUAUAUUUGUAUCAAAUUUUACAUUAAGGUGUCACAUUAAAUACAUCUGUUGCUAAAAGUAAAAUUAAAGGGGCCACAUUUUCACAUUUACUCAAGUGCACAAUUCAAGCAUACACAACCUCUGCAGUACAGAUCAACAAAGAUGCACGGAAACCCAUAGAAAAUCACUCUGCUUGAAUUCUGCAAUUUCAACAUAUCCUACCACAUUAGCACACUUUAUUUUUCAAAGUGGUAAUAUUUGCUUUUGUUCCAGCUAAAGAUAUAAUGAAGUAAAUGUUCUCCCCAAUCACAAAUUGCUUUUGCUAUUGGUGUGCCUUUUUAGAUUAUUACUUUUAUAUAUUUACACAUAUAACCUGUAUUUGUAAGAAUUGAAGUUUUAACUGCAGAAGAUCUGAUUAAGAAACUGAUAAGCAAUUCUGAAACAAAUUCAAACAAGAAUUUGUAACUUAUUACGACACUUAAAAGUUUGGGACUGCAUUGAUUUGAGUGGUUGACAGCUUUAGAGGUAACACAACUGGGUUCUGGAUGCUGUCGGCAGGUGAGAACUGAAUAAUAGGCUUAUGAAAACAGAAGAACAUUUUCAACUAUUUACACUAUAUAGAAGCUUGGUUGAGCAGGAUGUCACUAGAACCUUCUCACUCAGUCCCAGUUCCAUGUGAACUGACAUUGUUUGACAUAUGACAUAAUAGCUCCUGGCAUAAAGCUGUUAAUCUCAGCUACUAUACCUUGCCUAAAUCUUUCACUAUACUUGCCGUGGCAACAGAUCAGAACCCGAAAGUACCGUGGGCAAUAAUAAUUUUUAAACUUCUAAGUGUAUUAUUUAAAAUAAAACUUCUACGGCCACAAGAAUGACGACAGAUGCAAAUUAAUAACUGCCUGCAAUUUCCUGUGUGAGACCCAAGGAAUGCUGCACUUGUCAGGGAAACUUCAAACAGAAUGAGAAAUGCAACAGGGAGAAAUAAUGAAAGAGCUGACUGUCUCAUUUCUUGCAGAAUUUAUAUGUUUUUAGCCUUCGGGGGAUACACAAAUAAAGGUGUUAAAAACCAACUGCAACACUUGUUCACGCGUUAGUAGCCUGAUAAUGUAAUUUGUGGAGUAGUGUGCUGUGAGGAUCAGAUCUCUGAGUGCAGUCAUUUAGACAUCCCAACAUUGCAAGUAAAGCAAAAAAAACCUCUAAGUUUGAGUGCUGUCAGUCAGUCACUGCCAAAAGAAUCAGAACAGAAGAUCUUCAAACAACCCACAAAAUCAAGAAUCUCAAAAUUGGCAGUUCAAUUACAGUGUGACAUCCACUGCAAAGGCCAUAAUAAUCAAAUAUCUGCUCUUUAUGCCAAAUUCAGAGACU